CCGCAGUAGCGGGAAACCCCGCCUCCGGUUUCCAUUUCUGUUCCAGGAGUCACGGCGCUCGAGAGGAGAAACCUUCGGGGUUUUUAAUUUUUUGGGGGGGAAUUUGUUGGGUUUCUAAUAAGCACAGCCGCACAUUACUUCAUGUGAGUUAUAAAGUGUGCUGAAUUGAAGGCCUUCACAAAGGGACAACCGAUACUGCGAGCCGAGCCCUCAGCCGGCGAUUUGGGUAUUUUAUAUACGAUUCGGCGUCGCCGGCCGCUUCCCGCCGCUUUCCCUCCCGCGUGAGCCAAUACCCGUAGUGCGACCGUGAGGCGCGUCGGAUCGGCGGCGUCUGGCCAUGGCGGAGUUCGGUAACGGGCUAACGGAGGAGUCGCUACUGGACUCCGAUCCGGGACACCCGGAGCUGGAAGAUACAGGGGUGGGCGACGAGGAGCCUGGUCUGGAUGAGGGAGAGGCCUCUGUGGAAGAUCCGGAGCUGGAGGCCAUAAAAGCCCGGGUACGAGAGAUGGAGGAGGAAGCAGAGAAGCUGAAGGAGCUACAGAACGAGGUGGAGAAACAGAUGAACCUGAGCCCUCCACCCGCAGGCCCAGUAAUUAUGUCCCUCGAGGAGAAAAUGGAGGCUGAUGGGAGGUCAAUCUAUGUAGGAAACGUGGAUUACGGGGCGACAGCAGAGGAGCUGGAAGCUCACUUCCAUGGGUGCGGUUCGGUCAACAGAGUCACCAUACUGUGUGACAAGUUCACGGGCCAUCCCAAAGGAUUUGCUUAUAUCGAGUUCGCGGACAAAGAGUCUGUUCGGACGGCGAUGGCACUGGAUGAGUCUCUGUUCAGGGGAAGGCAGAUCAAGGUUGGAGCCAAGAGAACCAACCGGCCGGGCAUCAGCACCACAGACCGCGGGUUUCCCCGUGCUCGUUUCCGCUCACGAGGGGGGAACUUCUCAUCCCGGGCACGCUACUACAGCGGGUACACCCCCCCACGAGGCAGAGGGCGGGCCUUCAGGUUUCAGGACCAGUGGAGGCUGACCACCCCUCCGCCUGUGGCUGCGGCGCCCCCCACAGUGUCGGCGGCGUCGCUGUCUCUCUCUGCCCCCGCUAUGCACACUCACCCCAUCCUGUCUGUGUGGGGUGGUGGGGGUGGGGGGCAAGGCGACCACAGGCCUGCUGCCGGGGGCAUUUAUUAUAACAGUAAACGCUGAACACAGGUCACGUCACACCCAACACACCUAUUUAUAGAGAGCUAAGAUGGCUGCUGUUUUAACUGGGUGAGGAAUACAGGUACUGAGGUGGUGAUGGUUAGAGGUCCUGUUCCAGAUUCUCUGAAGACUCGGAACAGGAACUGCAGUUGGCAGGAGU